AUGCACGAAUUAUUGGCACCAAUAUUAUGGGUCAUUGAUAAAGAGAGUUUGCCGACUGCCAGCGGAUAUGCGGUGGACAAUGAUGAGGAUGCAAUAAUUAAGCAAACAAUAGAUGUUGGUUUUGUGGAGCAUGAUACAUUUGCAUUAUUUUCCGCAUUAAUGAAAUCGGCAAAGGUUAAUUACGAGUACAAUGACGAGGGCACCGAUCAAGAUUAUUCCAGAAUGAUCAAGGAGGUCCAAGCAGAGGCAGCCAAGUUAACGCCGGUGGUCAUGAGGUGUAAUAAAAUCCACGAAGAAUAUCUGAAAAUGAUUGACCCCGAAUUAUACUCGCAUUUAAAAAAUUUGGAAAUCGAACCUCAAUUAUAUGGAAUGUAG